AUGGCGUACUCGCCCUCCCCAGCGUCUCCCUUGGCUGGUCCUGAAGGAGCCGCCUACUCCCAUCGUCGGUCGCCAACCCCUCCUGCGCAACCAUUGUCCAAGCGAGACAAGCGCAGAAACCAGCAUGUUGCACACCAGCAAGAGCUCCACAAUGAGUUGAACAACAAUCGUGAGCAGCACUACCGAGAGCAACUCAUCGCUCUGCAGCAUGACAUGAGCCUCAUUUCCCAGGCUGACCCCUAUGAACCUGAGCCUCUGGAAGAUUCACCAGAAGAGGUGGCUAGAAUUGCCGAGUUGGCGGCAUCUGGUACGCCAUAUCAAUCUCAAAUGUCUUCGUUGGCAGGCAAAUGGUAUGCCGAAUUCGUCCAUGAGAUCAACGAUGCGAAGGAGGCCAAGGAGCUAGCCCUCAUCCAACUUAUGAACAAUCACAAUGCGCGCCUUGAGAGAUUGAAAUAUGAAUGCGACUACCGCUUGCAUCUGGCCGCAGAAGAAUGCGAACACAUGACCUCAACCCUGCGAGAACGAUUGUUCCAAGCCCUGUCUAGCAAGAGACAGCGGUUAAUGAAAGAGAAAGAACAACUCGACAUUGCGGACACGAAUGCGCUCCUCCUUCAUCCAAGUCAGUUUAGCAUCACCAAUCCAGCAAGUCCCGGCGGCAAUCACACGAGCCGGAAGACACGAUUUACCAGGCACCGUGAGCAAGAGGAUAUGAAUGGUGUUGCAGAUGUGACAAACAAGAGAAAGCGCAAGCUUGCGGACGAUGACGUCGGCUCCCCGUCACGCAAUGGCAUUUCCACUCCCGGAGAGCGCAGUCGCGCAGCUUUGGCGAAUCAAACCGCCCCCUUGUAUUCCAUCCACUCACUCUUCACUGAUAAAGAACUCAACUUCCAGUCGCACCAAGCGCAAAUUGCCGCUCGUCAUUUCUUCUCGACGUCACGGAAGGAAGGCGAAACGGGCAACACCAGAAGGCGGCAAAAAGUUGACGAUGAUCGAGAGCGAGGAUCUGCCGACUCAGGGUCAGAGGAAGACGAAGAACUCGAAGCUCCCGAGAUGGACCGGUCAGCCAGUCAGAAUGUGCAUGUCACAAGAUCAACUCGAACAAUAGGUGCAAUGAGUGGCCUCAAUGCCCUGAGUGACCUGGCCGAGAAAGCGGCAACGCGCCCAGCACUGCCAUAUGCAACAUUACACACUCAUCAAGGACGCCAAGGCACAUUUCUGCCACAACCAAGCCGGUUAAUUGCCGAAGAGCUCGAAGAGGAUCUCUUGAAGAUUGCGCAAAUUGAGAGCCAGCCCAAAGGCCAGAUGGACAAGAGGGCCGUCGAGGACGCACUCAAACCGCUGUCAGAGUCACGAAGCAAUUUGGCUCCGGAUUGGCCAGUGUAUCUUGACAUUCACCUGGUCGACGUGGAUCCGAGGAAGACUGCAGGCGUGCAGUGA